UGUACUGUCUUCCUAUCACUUUUACCCUUCAAUUUAUUUAUUAGUACUCUCUCCCACAAAAAAUAUCAUCUGUCUUCCUCCCUCCAACGCUGGAGGCACAAUCUGUACAGCCAUCGCUAUCUCCAGAGUAUCUUGCUUCCUUUCGCAAGCACCCGAACUCGGAAACUCUGCAUGAUCGGUCGGUUAUUCAAUUGCCCCUUCUGGUCUCGGUCCGGAGAAAUGGAUGAUGAGUACGCUAAGCUCAUCAGGAGGAUGAACCCGCCCAGAGUUGUAAUUGACAAUGAUUCUUGCAAGGAUGCAACUGUUAUCCAGGUUGACAGUGUCAACAAGCACGGGAUUCUUCUUGAAGUUGUCCAAGUUCUUACUGAUUUGAACCUUGUUAUUACAAAGGCAUAUAUCUCAUCAGAUGGGGGCUGGUUUAUGGACGUGUUUAAGGUGGUUGACCAAGAUGGGAAUAAAAUUAGAGAUGAAGAGGUCAUCAAUUAUAUCCAGAAGACACUAGAAAGUGAUGCCUUCUUCAUCUCCCCAUUGAGAGGAUCUGUUGGGGUGCUGCCUUCUGAAGAUCACACGUCAAUUGAGUUAGCUGGUACUGAUAGGCCUGGUUUAUUGUCUGAAGUUUGUGCUGUUCUUGCGGAUCUUCAUUGUAACGUUGUGAAUGCGGAGAUAUGGACACACAAUUUUAGAGCUGCGGCAGUAGUUCAUGUAACAGACGAUUCCACUGGGUGUGCAAUAAAAGACCCAAACCGGCUUUCAACAAUAAGGCAACUACUUUGCAAUGUUCUAAAAGGGGACAAUGACUUGAAGACUGCAAAAAUGAUGCUUUCGCCUCCAGGGUUUACACAUCGGGAGAGAAGAUUACACCAAAUUAUGUUUGCUGAUCGUGACUAUGAAAGGACUGAAAGAGCAGAACAGGGAAGAGUUGGGGAUAGCAGUUUUAGGCCACAUGUUACUGUGAUGGAUUGUGUUGAGAAGGAUUACACGGUGGUUACAAUGACGUCUAAGGACCGUCCUAAGUUGUUAUUUGAUACUGUCUGCACCUUAACUGACAUGCAGUACGUGGUCUUUCAUGGUGUAGUUCACACAGGGAGCACGGAGGCCUUUCAGGAAUACUAUAUCCGACAUGUUGAUGGGCUGCCUAUAGGCUUACAGGCUGAGAGAGACCGUGUUGUUCAAUGUCUUGAAGCUGCCAUUGAGAGACGAGACUCGGAGGGAUUGGAGCUGGAACUAUGCACUGAAGAUCGGUUUGGCCUCCUCUCAGAUAUUACCAGGAUAUUCAGAGAGAACGGUUUGUGCAUAAGAAGGGCAGAAAUUUCCACAAAAGGUGGCCAAGCCAAAGACACUUUCUUGGUCACUGAUGUAACAGGGAACCAAGUUGACCCCAAAACCAUUGAUUCAAUUCGUCAAGAAGUCGGAUUGUCCAUAUUGCGCGUUAAAAGGAAUUCAAGUCCGCCGCCAAAGUCGCCUGAAGAGACAGCAACUAGCUUCCUCUUCUGGAACUUCUUCAAAUGUCGGAAUUUGCAAAAUUUCAAACUGAUUAGAUCAUACUCUUAAUUCUAACCUUUGUGUACAGCUUGCAGAAGUAGGAGAUGGUGCCAGAUACCUUGGCUGUUCAGUCAUGAAUGAGAAGAACUAUGCAGGAAUUAGAGAACACUGUAAAUAGGGACUUACCUUCAAUCUUGUUUGUAUGCAAGAAACAAAAAAUCCCCCACUUCUUCCAAACGUAGGGCAGGUGAAAUGUGUACAGUGUGUGGUUCCAUCUGCAUUGGAUGUACAGUUACGGAUAUUGCACAGAUAAUUGGAAACUAUAGCUACUGAAUUGCUCUC